CAAAAAUCGGAAAUCAGAAGCGGCAUGAUGGAUAUGGCCCAGCGAGAAGGAAAGCCCGAAAGCCCAAUAGCCCAUUCGCUCGGUUUCCAAAUGGUAUGAACCAGUCGCGGCGCCUGCCUCCGCUACCUGAUUUUGGAACUUCCGGAGCGGGACAGCGGGAGCCGAGUACUCAUCACUCAUCACUCAUCACCUUUCCUUGAAGAUCUCAGAAGAAAUUCUUCUCUUCCUGAAUCCCAGCUUAAAAUCUCUGAUCUUUGGUUGGUGCCCCUGGCCGUUGUGGCCGUGCAGGCCACCUGCUCGACGCAAUGCUCCCGAAGGACACCAAGCGCUGGGUGCCUGUCAACCAGGCGGAAGGAGCGUCGUGUCGGCGCGGGAGCGGAGACCCUGCUGCCGACCGCCGUAGCGCGCUCCUGGAUGCGCCCCUGCACCAACACUUGGUGCCCCCAAAGAGCGCCACACCCCUGAUGAGCAGCACCAUGCAGUCGGUGCUAGUCAACCGUGCCAGCAGAGCACUGGGGUCACGCCGGCGUGAGGGAAGCGAUCCUGACGGUGACCGCCUGAGCGCGCUCCCGGACGCGCUCCUGCAUCACAUCAUGUCGUUCCUCAAGAUCCGCUCGCGGCGGUGGCGCCAUCUCUGGGCGUCCGCACCCUGUGUUGACCUCCGGAUCCGCAGCGAUGCCUACGGUUACACACCGGAGGAGUUCCCUGACUUCGUGCACCACCUAUUCCGCCGUCGUGGGGCGUCAGCGAAGCUGGACACACUUUGUCUGCGCUCGAGUGAUGUUGAUGAUGCAUUUGACGAAGAUGACACAAAGUCAUGGGUCCGUGCUGCUAUCAAACGCGGGGUUCGGGUUAUCCAUCUUGUUGGGCAUCACAAUGGCCUAGCAAUGUUGGAGCACAUGGUGUUCGUCUCUAGCCACCUCAAGAUCUUGAAGCUGUCCUAUGCCCUGCUUGAUAACAACGCCCUCAGGCAGCUUUCAUCUCAUUGCCCAUCUUUAGAGGAACUGGAUCUUAAAGAUUGCUUGAUGGCUGGCCAUGAGAUUUCAUCUGCCUCUUUGAAAAUUUUGGUCAUGUUCAAGUGUCAGAUCAAUGUGAACCUGUCUAUCGCUGCUCCAAACCUCGUACUGCUACGUUGUGUCUCACCAAUAACCCAAGCUCCGUCAUUUGAGAACAUGGAGUCACUUGUCACAGGCGCAAUAAUACUUGAUGAUUAUGCCUUUACUGAUGAUUUUGAAGACUUCAGCAAGGAUGAAUUGGAUGAAACCACAGAUGAAGAUGACGAUGACGAUGGUAACGGCAAUAAUCAGAAGUACAAGACUGGAUAUGGAUUUGGUGUCCCUCUAAAAGGAUAUGGGCUUGGUUAGUUGGUUACAAGGAUAGUUAUGAUUAUGGUAGCGACAUUGAGAGUGAUAGUGACGCAUUUGAAUA